AUAAUUUUCACAUGUUCGUAGCUAGCUAGAGCAAAGAUAGGAGCUCUACUCUUUUCGAGAGUACUGGUACAUGUACAUCCCAUUUUCGUUGUGUCUUUGUCGCUGUUUCCCGUGACCGUGAUUGCAUUGGAAACUUACUUGGUGUGAUCAAGAUGAACAUCCUCCCGAAGAAAAGGUUCCAUGUCCGCAAUAAGGAUAACAUUGCUCGAGUUCGUCGUGAUGAAGCACAGGCACUCGAAGAAGAGGAAGAGAGACAGCGGCGUGUUGACCUGGCUGAGCAGGAAGCACGCAUGCAGGUCCUGAGACAGCGCGCUAUCAAGAGUCAAGCGCAGUCCACACGAGCGGAGCAGACGGGCGCAGCGGUGGAAAGGGCCGAGUCGGCCGACCAGCUGGAGCACGUGAACUUCUUUGCAGCAGCAGAGGCCGGCGUGAAGUCGGCCAGUGUCAAGAACAAGGAACACGAAGCGGAGAAGAAAGACGAGCAGGAGAAACUUGAAAAGCGCAUCGGCAUUCUCACCUACCUUGGGCAGAGCUCUGCUGAAGUUGUGGGUAAGGCAUGGUACGACAAGGACUCUGAACAGAGAAGAAAGGAAGACGACAUCCGUGGGAAGAAGUCGGAAAAGUUCAAGCGGGCCUCCGACCCCCUGCAUCGCAUGAACGACUACUUGCGCAAGAAGGAAGAGGCCGAUCGUCACCGAGAAUCGCGAGACAAGUCCUAUUCGAAGCGUCACACUCACAAGACCCACCACCGGCACUCGUCGACCCCGGCAGCAAGCAGCUCCCUUAGCGGAGCAGCAAAGAUGCAGCAGCUGCGGCAGGAGCGUCUGCGGCGCGAGCAGCAAGAACGCCACCGAGCGGAGCAGGUGCUGGCCAAAGCACGAGGAGACCCCACGCCCGCUGACCAAACCAAUGUCCCUGUGGCUCGCUACUCGAGCCAGUUCAACCCACAUCUAGCACGACAGAAUCGCUCCACGUUUUAAUUCUAAUGCCCUUUUUUAUGCAUUUAGGAGUACACACUUGAACAAGAUCCUAUUUUUUAGUCUGAAGUACUCGUACUGCUUGUAGCUCAGUAGGUUACUGGUGUGCAUUUUAUUUUCUGCUCUAGAAGUGCAUGUACUUACUUGAUACUUCAAAAAAAAAAAAAAAAAGUAUAAUUAUGUGUGUCACUGUGCAUGUGUAGGUCGUGUAUGCUGUGUCUGCGUAUCUGUAUUAUCUCCCACCUGGUGCCACUUGAGUCUCAAAUUUGAAAUCGAUCCUCUGGUCUUGCCCAUGAAGAAAAAUAGCUCCAUUCUUCUCUUGUUGCUCCUGUAGCUGAAUCUGGUAGAGCAGUACGAGGAUCUUGGGCUGCGUGCUCGUGGGGUGAUGAUGACAACGUGCCAGAGUUCAGUGUUUCGGAUUCCACUGUGGCAGAAUCUCAUGCGGAUACAGCCCAGGAGUGGACCACUCCAGGGAUGGGAUACUCACACGAGUCGCAACACGUACCCACUGUAUUCUGACGGCAGUGCGUGACUGCCGCAUAUACUAGCAAAGUACAUGUACGUAACGAACUAACAUUUCAACAUUUGAAAAUAAUAAUAAUAAAUAGUUUCCUCUGAGACAAAAAUGCGAUAAUACUCCACUCGACUAGCCAUGUACAUAUAUAUGUGAUACCGGAUGUGUCCACCGCACAUGCUGAUUGUUCUGAUGUUACUUGUUAGUUCUGAUAAGUACGAGUCGUCCAUUGCUAGUCAUUUGUUUGAGCAUCCUGAUUGUCGUGCUGUGUAUUCAGAUGAUUGUUUUUCGAUUG